GCGAGGCAGAGACACAGAGAGGGGAUUGAGAGGAGAGGAAGCUAUCUCUGGACUGCUCUCCACUGCAGCGUCUGGCUUUCACUAAAAGGUCUAUGACCGAGUUUUUCCUGCGCUUGUUUGCCUAAUUUAUUCCUGCCGGGGCCAGCAGAAAGAAAGGCGGAACAGAAGAAAAAAGGGACAGGCAGAACAGUACGGAGUGCAACAGAACACCCGACUUGCUGACAGGGAAUGCAGAGAGGUCCUGGCCUCUGUUACUGCUGGAUGGACAAGCACGAACAACACUCUGUGCAGCUUUGAGAGGAGGAGAUUUCUCAACUCUGCUUUGUUUUGGCUUUUUCUGUGACAUUUGAGCCCCAGACACCGCAGACUCUGAAGAGUUGGAUGAGCAACAGGAAAACAUAAUUUCACCACAGAAACAGAAGAGGACUUAUUUGGUGCACUUAUCUGCUGCAAAGACCACAUAUUCCAGGAGGGAAAGGGGUGUAUUGUCACUUCUUAUUUUAAGUGUUGAGUCUGCCUCAGUCGGAUCUUUAAGGCUUUCUGUCUAGCACACCAAACCAAAAUACUUCUUAUAUAUAAAAGCUGAAGUGGCUCUGUGUUUAUAUCUUCUCUAAAUACCAAAGAAAGAACCAAAUCCAAUUCCAAAAACCUCACACGUCUGUUUUUCUUUUGAGACAUAUGAUUGAGCAUUUCCAAAGCAAAAUACUUUCCUAUUUUUCCUUUUCAUCACUAUCACCUCUGCUUCUGAAACAGCCCUGACAAGUCAAGAGUGAGUCUGGACUAGAACUGCCUCAGAUCAGCAGAUAACACCUCUGCACGGCAGGAACUGGUUGGACUAGUUUAUAAGUUGGAGGAGAGGGCAGGGCAGUUUAACCCUGCCUGAAGGAGAGCUGUGUUUUAUUUUCCUCCCACUUGCUUGUCCUUCUGGGAGAAAGUCGAGCGCUGAGAGAGGGGCAGAGCUUCUUUUUCACUUUGAGAGCGACUCUUGUUUUGUCCCUUGUCACUAUGAUUAGAAGGAGGUGAGGUGUUUUUCUUUUUACUUCUUCCAGGGGGGGGAGACGGAGAGAGAAAGUGGGAGGGAGGAAGAAAGAGAGAAGGAGUCAAAGUGUAAUUUAUUGUGUUCAGUGAAAAGAGCAAGGCUGCACCCUUUUCUCAUGCCUGAACUCUGAACCACUCAAUGUGUGUCUGAAGUUUCUCAGAGCUCGGGAGCCAUUGAUCGGAGGUCAGGGCAGAGAACACAAGGGUGAAAGGCAAGAACAGAGAGCAGAGGGAUUAAAGAAGAGAGAGAGCAAACCGCACAGGGAAGGACUUCCAGGUCGUAACAACCAGACGGCAGAGGGGAGAAAGGUCAACACCAGAGCGGCCGGGACAACUUUGUAUCCCUUUUCUCGAUCUUCUUGGACAAAUUCUUCUUUACACACAAACCUGGACAACUAUUCUUCUCUGUAACCAGUCUUUUGACUUUGAGGCGAGUUGGAAGCUGGGGGACAGGGUGGGUCUGUGCAUGAUCCACUCACAAGGCGGCGUGUCUCAGAGAAUAUGGCCAUGGUGAGCGGGGGAUGGGGCAACCCCAACGGGGACACUAAUGGACUGGGGGAGAAGGCUUACCUGAGGAGGGAGGAAGAGGAGGGCUCGCCUCAGGCCGGGAGCAGCGAUGUGGACGUCGGGGACGAGGACAAGGCCUGCGUAGUGGACUGUGUGGUGUGUGGGGACAAGUCCAGUGGGAAGCAUUACGGCGUGUUCACCUGCGAGGGCUGCAAGAGCUUCUUUAAGAGGAGCAUCAGACGAAACCUCAACUACUCCUGCCGAUCAAAUCGAGAAUGCCAAAUCGACCAGCAUCACCGCAACCAGUGUCAAUACUGUCGUCUGAAGAAAUGUUUCCGCGUGGGAAUGCGCAAAGAAGCAGUCCAGAGGGGUCGAAUCCCUCCAGCUCACUCAGGUAUCAGUCCCAACACCCUGGCAGCUGGAGGAGGAGGGCCGGGUCACAUCGGGACGGACUACUUCAACGGGCAGCAGGUCUCGGAGCUCAUCUCCCAGCUCCUCCGGGCCGAGCCGUACCCCAGCAGCCGGUACGUGACACCGUACGGUCAGCCACAGAUGCAGGCAUCUGCGAGCGGAGCCUCCGUUAUGGGCAUCGACAGCAUCUGUGAGCUGGCCGCCCGGCUCCUCUUCAGCACCAUCGAGUGGGCCAGAAACAUCCCAUACUUCCCAGAACUGCCAGUCUCAGAGCAGGUGGCUCUGCUGAGGCUGAGCUGGAGCGAGCUCUUCAUCCUGAACGCAGCUCAGUCUGCUCUGCCUCUACACAUGGCUCCUCUGCUGGCAGCUGCCGGGUUCCACUCCUCUCCCAUGUCUGCUGAGCGCGUGGUGUCCUUCAUGGAUCAGGUCAGGGUGUUCCAGGACCAGGUAGACAAGCUGAACCGACUGCAAGUGGACUCCGCCGAGUACAGCUGCCUCAAAGCCAUUGCACUCUUUUCACCCGACGCAUGUGGUCUGACUGACCCAUCCCAUGUGGAGUCCCUGCAGGAGAAGGCCCAGGUUGCCCUUACAGAGUACGAGAGGUUGCAGUACCCAAACCAGCCCCAGCGCUUCGGCCGAUUACUGCUGCGCCUUCCAGCUCUGCGCGCCGUGCCUGCCAACCUCAUCUCCCAGCUCUUCUUCAUGCGGCUGGUGGGCAAGACCCCCAUCGAGACGUUGAUCCGAGACAUGCAGCUAUCAGGGAGCUCCAUCAGCUGGCCCUACGUACCGGGACAGUGAGCCCAUGUGACUCCAGAGUGAGACAGACUGAGAUCAGAUUGGGAGGAUUCAGAGUUCACAAAGAUUACAUAUAAAGGACAAACUGAAUGUUAUGAAUACAAACUUAGACGUGUAAGGUCUUUGCUUGUGAGUGUAAAGGUCAGCUUUUUGCCACAGUAUCUCUAAAGUUUGGUGAAAGUCACACCAAAAAGCUGCUUUCAGAGAACCAAAAAUGUGUAAUUAUCCUUUACCAUAUAUUUAUAUAUAUAUGUUUGCAGCACUUGUCAGUUUUGCUCUGGCCUCCAUCUGAUCUCUCUGUUUUAUUCUGGAUAAAAACACAAGGCUUUCAGUGAAACGCAGACUCUAUCAUGAGGCCAUGUGCCUGAACUACCUCAUCCAACAUCACCCCUAAGGAGAGACUCAGUUUGAACCCAGGCUCUGUGUUUGACCUCUGCUCUGUUUUUUAAAAGCCAGAAUGAAGCCAUAGUGACAUUUCUACAGGCAGAGCUCUAUAUCUGGGACAUUUCGCGCAGAUCAAGUUGUGUCAGGUUUUUUUAAGUGAGCAGACUUUGUUACCAAAUAUGUUUGUAAAAACCGCAGUUUCAACUUUCUACAGCAUUAAAACAAAGAAGCGGCAUUGGCAUUGUAUAUUUUACUUUACUAUAAAGUAUUGCAUAUACUUCUGUAAAGAAAUAGUUCAACAUUUUGAGAAAAUGUGCUUAUUUAAUUCCUUGCAGAUUUAGAUGAGAGGAUUGAUUGCACUUACGUAUCUCUAUGAUAAAUAUGAAGCUACAGCCAGCAGCUAGGUAGCUGAGCAGAUAUUCUGCCAGCCUGGCUCUGCUCAAAGAUAAACAAGUAACCCCUCCAACCCCCUGAUGCUCUUUCAUUUACAUGUUGUAUUCUUCUGUCAGAAAAAUGUCCCCUUAAAAUUGAGAAUUGGUGAUUUGACACAUUAAUAUUUGAGCAGAUUCAACAAAUGAUCUUUAACUUAAUCAGUGAGUUUUGGAGGUGCUUACUGUUUUUUGGCUUUAGCUCCAUGUUUACUAUUCUCUCUGCAAGAAAGUAAAUAACCAUGUGUUACCUACAUGUUGAGCUAUUCCUUUGCUAUAGUUUAUUAUACAUUAAUGUUGUAUGUCGCCACAAGAAGUGGAGGUGAAUGUAUUCAGACACACCCUGGCUCCUCACUGUCACAUCUCUGUAUUACAUUAUUACCUCAUGUUUUAUAUCAAAGACAAAUAUUAUAUAUUCAUGUGCUAAAGAUAAAUAUAAAGGGAUCAAGGCAUCUUCAACAAUAAACACAAAUAAUCCCCUACUUGUCUGACCAUCAGACUUGGCCAAAAUAUAUUUGAAAAUGUGUUGAGAUGUUUGCUUAAUGUAAGAAGACCGCGAGAGUUCGAUAUACUCUUUUUCAUUUCUUUCUAAGUUGUGGUCUACUUUAAAAGCAGUGUGUUAAAACAUGGCCUAAAGUGGACAGAGGUCACUUCAGGUCAUUAUUAUGCUUGUGCAAGGUACUUGUUUUGUGUUGUUAAGGUUAUGGUCUUUGUGGUACUGAGAUAAAGGGUACCAAGUAGUCACAUUCAUGGUUGUUAUUGGCAUGCAUCUCAAUGUGACAAUUGUUUUUGCUAAAUGAAUGACUGAAACAAAAGAGAAUGGGGAGGGGAAUUGUUUUGGUAUACAUUUUUGUAUUACACGUUAAAAGAAAAGGCAACAAUGAUCCCUGAUGCGGUCAAACAACCUCAUUAACAGCUCUUUGUGCUGUCCUUGAAUCACUUUGUGUUAUUUGUUGGAAUAUAAACAAUGGUGAUUUGAUUGUGUAGCUUGACUUUAAAAAGAAGCAUGUUUCUAUGACCACGCCACAUCUAAAAUAUGACUGGUUAUCUUUGCAUUACGAGAAAUAAAAGUAUGCACAUUC